UCAGUGCUUCUUAAUUUGACUUGAAGGUCUCGUUAUAUAAUAAAAAAUAUGUACAGUACAGUCUCGUUAUAUUCAAAAGUAUUUUCUUCACUCACACUUCAUAGCAGUUAGCACAGAUUGUUAUUAUAAAGCGACAUUCCAGUAGAGUAUGAUGCACAUAGAAGUUAGAACACUUCAACAAUUAACAGUAUGAUCAACGCUAGAUUAAAUAGUGCAUACAAGUUGAAAUUGAUAAAAUUAAAAAAGCAUUAAGCUACCCAGAUAAAGGUUAAGGUUAUAAUGUGGACCAUAAUCGUUAUAAUAAUAUUUUCCGUUAUAGCCUAUUUUAUUACUGAUAAUUUAAUACCUAAGUUAAAGGAUUUAUUUAUAAAUGCCGGCCUCUAUGGUGUAGAUUUGUGUAAGAUCUCAAAGGAGAAAAUUCCAGAAGCAAUAGGAGUUGUUUCAGGAUGUGUAUUUUUAGUGACAAUUUUUCUAUUCAUACCAAUAGUUUUUGGAAAUAACCUUAUUGAUACAAGACUUUUCCCCCACAAUGAGUUUGCAGAGUUAUUGGCAGCUUUGUUGUCAAUUUGUUGUAUGUUGCUCUUGGGUUUUGCUGACGAUGUAUUGGAUCUACGGUGGAAAUAUAAACUUCUCCUGCCAACAGUAGCAUCUCUUCCAUUGCUGGUAGUUUACUAUGUGAACUUUAAUUCAACAACAAUUAUUGUACCAGUACCAUUAAGACACUUUUUAGGAAGUUCGGUAAAUAUUGGAUUUCUCUACUAUGUAUAUAUGGGAAUGUUGGCAGUUUUCUGUACCAAUGCUAUAAAUAUUUUAGCUGGUAUAAAUGGUCUUGAAGUAGGACAAUCUGUAAUAAUUGCCAUGUCAAUAAUAAUAUUUGACAUUUUGGAACUUGGUGGAGAGCAGCAAAAGGCCCAUACUUUUUCUUUGCAUAUAAUGAUUCCAUAUCUUGCAACAACACUAGCACUAUUAAAACACAAUUGGUAUCCAUCUAAAGUAUUUAUUGGUGAUACAUUUUGUUAUGUAUCUGGGAUGACAUUUGCUGUGGUUGCUAUCUUAGGUCAUUUUAGUAAAACUGUUCUGCUUUUUUUCAUUCCACAAAUAUUUAAUUUUAUUUAUUCUACACCACAGUUAUUUCAUAUCAUUCCAUGUCCAAGACAUCGUCUUCCCAAAUAUUGUGCAGAGACUGAUGUAGUUGAAGCAAGUCGAACAGUCAUAAAAAAAAAUGACAUUAAUGUCAUAAGCGGAGCUUUAUUGAGAAUUUUGUCAUUAUUACAUCUAGUUAAUAAGUUAGAGGAUAACCAAUGUAUAUACACCAACAAUUUAACUUUAAUUAAUUUAUUUUUGAUUAAACUUGGACCAAUGUCAGAAGCUAAACUUACAAUGUGUCUUUUAUUAUUUCAGUGUUUAUGUUCAUGUUUAGCAUUUAUAAUAAGAUAUCCAAUGGCUUCAUAUUUUUAUGAUCUAUAG